GGAAAAAGUGAGGAUUUAAGAAUCAAGCUAGAUAAUAAAUACUGCAACAGUCGAGGCAAAAUAAAUGCGAAAAUACCAUUCGAUCAUUGCCGAUUUAUUCAUUACAAAGUGAGGAUUAAUUUCAGUCUCUUCGGCUACAAUACAAAAGCGACAAAAUAGGAGAAAAAACGAACAACUUUAGAAAAUAACAGUGAAGAAGAUAUAGAACAAAAUGAAGACACCAGUAACCGAAAUAUUCACCUCAUACUCUGAACAUUUGAAGCAUAAACGAGUACGAUUGAUCCAGAAAAAAUGUGAUUUGACAUUUCCCAAAAUCAUCAACAAUCGUCAUUUGAACUCGUACAAAGAAAAUACAUUUGCGUUGGUUGCUUAUGUAUUUUUCAUUUCCUCUCAUUCGUUAAUUCAUGCGAGGAAAAUUCAGUUUUAAAUGCGGCCUCAAAAGCCGAAUUGUACUUGGUUUAGCUGUUAUAUAUUUAAACAAAAAGUUCGGAACCGUAUUAAAAAAAAUUAAAACCUUUCCAAUUCACUGAAUUGAAAAACUGUUUGGGUAAUUUUUAGAGACAUUUCACUACCGAGCUGCUGAACUCGCCUUUACUUAAUCUUUUAAUAAUAUUGUGUUUGUUCUGUCGAUUUAUCGCCAUUUUUAGCUGGAAUUAGCUGGACUUGAGUGCGAUUGAAGGCUGUAACUCAAACACCCUGUUAAAUCUGGUGUCAGGCCUAAUUUUAUGAAUGAAAAACGCUUUAAAUUUCAUUUAAAUAUCCCGCUUAAAAGAGGUACCGUUAGUACAGUUGUGGUACUUGCACAAACCCAAAAUCAUGUGUUUACACUUUAACUUUCUAAAACCAGUCCGCCGCUCAACCGUGGGUUCGACUUCAGUACGAAUGGAAUUGUUCUUCAUUGCUUUGACCGUGAACAUGGCGAACAUAUUUUACGCGAAAAAUUGACAAAUAGUCGCGCGGGUACCGAUGGAAAAUAUGGCUUCGGUAACAUAAGUUUCCAUGGUAAAAUCGUCGCCUGAGAACCUUUGCGGGAUUUCUUCGGAAAAACGCCAACAUCGAAGUGGAGCGAAUACGUUUGUGUGUGCUGGUGCUCAAAUGCGAAAAUCAAAUUAUGAACAGAUUUAUAUUAAAAGUGUCAAUUAGUGGAUUAAUUGAGUGAACCAUGCAUUGGAGACCAUGGAUCGGGCUACUUUCCUUUGCAUUCGUGAUUGCGCAAGGAGGAUGCCAAUUAUCCGACCAUACACCCCCAUCCAUUCCCUGGACAGAACGCAACUGGCAAAUUCCAGACAACGAACCAAUCGGAAGCAAAAUCGUCCAGGUUCAUGGCAAGGAUCAGGAAAAUGACAAUCUCACUUUCGGCUUGCAGCAGAUUCAGUUCUUUGGGUCUGAUAAGCCACCUGAACCCUUGCCGUUCCGGAUCGACCCACAAACCGGCGCGGUUUAUUUAAAUGACUCGCUCAAGGGCAAAGGUGGAACCGAUCUGCAUCUUUACGUAACGCUCAGCGAUGGCCAACUGGAAGCAAAAACCGAAGUUUACGUGAACAUUCUAAACUCUUCCGCUCCCUACAAAUCUCCUUUGAACACGCCACCGUUCCCUGGCGGCGGUUUCAAUCCAUUCGCCGGAUUCAAUCCACGACCCCCGAACACGCCACCUAAACCAUCCUCGAAUCUACCGAACAAUUUGGCAAGUGUUUACAAUCCCCCUCCGAAUAUUGCUAACAAUCCGCCACCGAGACCGCAUUAUCAAUUCAUCCCGAAAAAACCCCGGAAUAAUACGGAUGUGACGCCGUUGCGCCCGGUGAAUCCUCCUUAUAUGGAACCACCAAAGAACAACUUGGAUGAAUCCGAAGAAUCCAACGAACUGGACAACAAGACAAAACCAAUUAAGGAUUCUGAACCAGCUAAUGAAAACGAGUUGACUCCAGUAGACUACCGAGUGAAGGGCCCCGAAAUUGGCAACACCAUCGUAUCGGUGGCAUCGGUUUGUGCAGUUUUUCUCAUUGUUGGAAUUGUUGCUGUAGUAUUCCGAAAGAAGAUCUAUUUCAAGAAGAAAAAGGACAAGUCAGACGAUAUGAGGAAAGAUGUGGCUUUACGCGAAGAAGGCAGUAUCAACAUGCACGAAUGGCGAGGUCCGAGGGCUUUUAGCAAUCGCUAUGAGCCGUGGCAGCGCGAAGGAGCCCAACCAGAAACCGGCAAUGAAACGGAAACACCAACAGAUGAAAAGGGCGACCGCUGGGAAUUUCCACGCCAUCGACUCAAGUUCUUCAGUAUUCUGGGCGAGGGUGCAUUUGGACAAGUCUGGAAGUGCGAAGCUAUGGAUUUAGAAGGUAAGGAGGCAGGCCCUAGCAUUGUCGCAGUGAAGACGCUAAAGGAGAACGCAAACGAAAAGGAGAAGAGCGAUUUGAUAUCAGAAUUGCACGUAAUGAAGAUGCUCGAUCCGCACCCGAACGUGGUGAAACUGCUCGGCUGUUGCACGGAAAAAGAGCCAAUUUUCCUCAUCAUGGAGUACAUCACGCAAGGGAAACUGCAGGGGUACUUGCGCGAUUCCCGAGCCGAGCGAUAUUACAACAAUAUGCAUGGGAAAAGCAAAACUCUGACCUCCCGCGACUUGACCUCAUUCUGCCACCAAGUGGCCAAAGGAAUGGAGUUCCUAUCUGCCAACGGGAUAAUCCACAGGGAUCUGGCCGCGCGAAAUAUCCUCAUUACCGAUGACCACAUUUGCAAGGUCGCCGACUUUGGUUUCGCUCGCGAUGUUAUAAGUUCGCAUGUUUACGAAAGGAAAAGUGAAGGACGACUUCCAAUCAGAUGGAUGGCCCCUGAAUCUCUCUACGAUAAUAUUUUUUCCGUUAAAUCGGACGUGUGGAGUUUCGGUAUAUUAAUGUGGGAAGUGGUUACUCUUGGCAGCACCCCUUAUCCGGGAUUGUCCGCUGCAGACGUUAUGAGGAAGGUAAGAGAUGGUUACCGACUGGACAAACCUGAGCACUGUCGAAGAGAAAUCUACAACAUAAUGUACUACUGUUGGGACAAUGAUGCAAACAUGAGACCAUCGUUCUCCGAAUGUGGCAAUCUGCUAGAGAAUCUCAUAAUGACAGAGACUGACUAUAUCGAAUUGGAACGCUUUCCAGACCAUUCUUAUUACAACAUGAUGAGCCUGAGUGGUGAAAAGUUAUGAUUAAACGUGCGGCAAUUUGGGGCAUUAGUUAAUAUAUUAAUUUAUAUUUUGGAAGAUGCGGGAACAAAAUGCCAAUAAUACGAUUUUUAAACACAUAAAAUACUCUUCAACAGUAAUAAACUAGCGUAGGUGAUUUGUACAUAUUAACUUAAUAACUGUUAUUAUUUUAGCUCAGUAAGUGAUAUUACUAGGUAGGAAACCAAAUAAUGCUCACUCCAUAUGGUUGUUCAUUUAAUCCGCCCAAAGGCUUUGUUGCGUCCACAAGUGUAUAUGUGUAUGUUAUUUAUAUAGCUUUAACGAAUGUUUCACUAUAUCCAGUGGAAAACAUGGAAUAACUCGACUUAAGCUUGAUCAACCUUAUUCAAUAGUGCUGGAAAACCGAUUCAGUGUAUAAAAGCGAAUUCAGAUCAAGCCUAUUCCAGCUUUAUAAGUCAAAUGUUAAUGCGCAAAUCAAACACGAUUCUUAUAUUAUAAGAAGGAAAAAACAGCAUAGAUUAGAUUAACUCGUGAAAUGUUUCAUUGCUUAUUUGUUUUUAAGACCGUGUUAAACCAGUUAGUUAAUAAACUUUGUAAAACUGU